CUUCCAGGUUGUCAUGGCGCCCACAACUAGCUCUGGACACCCAAGGCUAACUCCGUUGCCAAAGCGUCUGACCCAGAAGAAGAAGGAGGGAGCCCCAGAGAAAAAAAGGAAGAAGAAAAAUUGGACUGUCUGUCUUUUGUCUCCUAAGACCUCUUCCUCCCAGUUGUGUGAUCUCCAUCAUCAUUCAGAGAAAUGCUGAAACCGCACAAAGGCCGCAUGGAGCGCCGCAUCAUCGGCUCCACCAACCGCUGGCACUUCCCCAAAGAGCCUUUCCCGGGGGACCUGCUGGCUCUCCCCCAGGAGUGCAAGGCUUUGAGCAUAGAUGUCGAUGAAAUUCUGGAGAACCCAGAGAGGCUGUACAUUCCACAAGUUCAGAAAAAAGCCUCUAAGGACAUGAAGGUCAAGGCCUUUCCCAGUGGGGAAGCAGAUGUGGUUCUCGAGUGCCUGGGCUGCAGGUGGGAGCUCCACCAGCAGCAGCUGUUUCAGUCCAAGACGUUGACCAAGCUCUACCUGGCAGCCCUGGACCAGGGCAUGCACAUCAACCCCACCAGGGAACUGGACAGACUUCUGCGAGCACCAUCCCCUGGGAAGCACAAAGAAAGAGCCCCCCUGAAGAAGAUGAUCAUUUCCUUGAAGAUCAACGACCCCGUGGUCACCAGAGUGGCCUUCGCCUUGGCGCUCAAGAGCCUCUACAUGAGUGAGGUGGAGGUGGACCUGGAGCAGGCUGUGGGCAUGCUGGCCUCAGCGCGUGUCCUGGGCUUCAGUGACCUGUUCCAGAGGUGUGUGACCGCCAUGAUCAAGGGGCUGGCUCCGGACAACCUCCGAAACUUCUACCUGGCCAGCUGCAAGUAUGAGGAAGAACAGCUCUCCUUUGCCUGCAAGAAGUGGCUGGAAAUGAACUUGGUCCCUCUAGUGGGGAAGCAGAUCCACCUCCGGCAAGUCCCUCAGGAGCUGCUCUACAAAGUGUUGAAAUCCCCCAGGUUGUUUACGUUUAAUGAAUUUUAUCUCCUGAAAACAAUACUUCUGUGGGUCUACUUGCAACUGAACCCCAAGAUCCAGACGAUCCCGAUACACGAGACCGUGCUGACGUACUUCAGCAGCUUCCCCAAGAAGUGUUGCUUCCUGGACCGGGACCUGGGGCAGUGCCUGAUGCCGCUCUUCCUCUGUCUGCGUCUCCAGGGCAUCACUAGAGCUGGAGAUGUGGGAGAAGGCUCUGGCCUGGGCUCCGGGCUGGAGCUCUCUCAACAGGGAGCUCCCAGAGACCCCAGGGAACACUGCCAUGAUACCGGGGAGCAUGCCCUAGGGAUGGAGAACGGAGGCGACAUGGCCUACGUGAAGGACUUUACCACCCAGGCUGUGAGGUUCGGGCUGCUCCUUACCCAGGAGCACACGAUUGAUUCCAAAAUGAUUGCAGUGUAUGGAUUCUUCUUUGAGAUAAAAGGGAUCCGAGUCGAUAAUACCUCUUACACGUUUUGCAUGCAGAGAAUGAAGUGCACUGACCUGCGACCCUCCUCCCCGCUGCGCGAGACAGGCCCUGUUAACCUGAACACUGAACGCUUGGUCAAGUACGAGAUCCGAGCCCAGGCCCUGGUGGAUGGCCAGUGGGAGGAGUUCCAGACAAACGAGAUCACCCAGAAGUUUGGGUUCUCCAAGUCGUCCUGCAGAAGUCAUGUCUUGAAAGUCCACACCGUGGGCAUCCCAGUCUACGCAAGCUUUUCAUUCAUCUUUCCACUGUCUUUGAGCUUCUAGAAGAAUUUCCACCCAUCUGCAUAAACAGCAAAUAAAAUGUCAUUAAAGGA